UGACGGUGCGCGCCCCCGCGAGCGAGCGCGGAGGAGGCCGGGACCUGAGCCGGAGCGCGCGCCGCUGCCCAGCCCGGCCGCCCGGCCGCGCAGCUCGAUGGUGGCCCCGCGGCCCGCGCCCGCCCGGGGGCCCGCGCUCCCGCUCCUGCUUCUGCUCCUGCUGGCCGCCGCGGGAGGCCAGGAACAGGACCAGACCACCGACUGGAGGGCCACCCUCAAGACCAUCCGCAACGGCAUCCACAAGAUCGACACGUACCUCAACGCCGCUCUCGACCUGCUGGGCGGCGAGGACGGGCUCUGCCAGUACAAGUGCCGCGACGGAUCGAAGCCUCUUCCACGCUACGGAUUUAAACCGUCCCCACCAAAUGGAUGUGGCUCUCCAUUGUUCGGUGUUCAUCUGAACAUUGGCAUCCCGUCCCUGACAAAGUGCUGCAACCAGCACGACCGGUGCUACGAGACCUGUGGGAAAAGCAAGAACGACUGUGACGAGGAGUUCCAGUACUGCCUCUCCAAGAUCUGCCGGGACGUGCAGAAGACCCUGGGGCUCGCUCAGAACGUCCAGGUAAACACACACGUGCUCAUUGUGAAAAGCAUACCAAAGGAGCUUCUUGACAUUCAUCAGCUGUUAGGAUACAACCUCUUCAGUGCCUGGAGUGAGGAUCUAGCCGGUUGUUUGGUAAUCUAAAAUUAUACACAUCUGAGAAAACUUGGAGGCAGAGAAGGGAAGAAUUCAUGUACCUUGUGCCCUAGAAUAUGUAUCGAAUCAUUCCAAAGCUAAACAUUGAAGCCUUGAAGCAGGUUGGCAUAGGGAUGCUGUAAUCAAAUGUAAUAGAUUGAAGUUGGUUAUAGGCAACAGAACCCUCUAUAGCCAGAUCUGGUCAGCUAGUCACUAACUCCGCCGUCUGAUUCAAGGUAAACUUUAUUGUCAGUCUCAGAGUGUCAGUGAGAACAAACCCCACAACGAUAGACAGUCUUAGCACCAGUGAAUUUGAGAGUGCAGUACAGCUGCUAGAUCGACAGCUCAUGUGCGUGAUCCCAGAACUCAGGAGGCUGCAUGUUGCUCGGCUUUUCCUCGGGAUGUGUAGAGAAACAUCUGUUCAUACUAGAUAGGGCACCAGUAACAGACCAAAGAAACGGGUUCAUCAAAGUCCAGCUUGGUUAGCCGGUGAGUUCAGUGAGGUUCCUUACAGGAACACAGGUGACGUCACUGGAAGCUCCACUCCAGCAUGGGUGACGAGAACUUGGGAAUGCUGCUUCAUCAGAGUCCCGAGCCCCAGUCCACCUUCCACUUCAUGUGCACACUUGCGUCCGUAGGACCAAGUACAGCUGGGAUGCACACGGAAAAGGUGGCUGGAGUCUCAGGGAGGGCACGUUACCAGCCCCUCUACUGUCACCACAGAGCAGCUAACACUAUAUUGUUUUGCUUAUUUUACGGUCACGACAGCAGUCUCCACCCCAUGAUGACUGAUGGUCAAGUCAGGUCCAGAGAAAACAGCUUCACAACAAUGCUGCACCCUUCAGCUCUUGGAUUCUUUCUGCUCUCUCUUGCUCCCCUUACUGUUUUGUGAUAUUUUCUGAGCCGUGGAGAGGUGAGAAGUGCGUGGGCACACAUGCACAUACAGACAGUUCUUUUCUGAGAGUGGGUCUCAAUGCCAUGGCAGCAGAUACUUAUCCUCAGCGUUUGGCCAGUUAUGAGACUCAACAGUAAGCAGUACUCACUGUAAAAAUAAGCCUUCCUCCAUGAACAAAGCACACAGCAGCAAAAAUCUGUGGGCAUCGACAAGAAUGAGCAUGCAACUGGCAAUUUAACAAGCACAUCUCGUCCAUUUAACAAAACAGCAUUGCUCUGCACAGUGCAGCCUGCGAUUUCCCCCGGGGUUUUGCCUUGGCUUGCAUACCAAACAUGAAUUCCCUGUGUGUGACAGGCCUUAAAUCUGAUCAGAAAGUACUUGGUUGUGCCCAUAACAACUAUACCAUAGGGCAUCAGCAGGCACAUCUUACAUGGCAUGUUCGUGGCAUUAGCACAGAGAGCCAUACCAAAGCUGAACAGUUUUUGACAAUACUUCCCUAGCAGGCUAUCACGUUCUGGCCUGCAUAUGUUAGCCAUCAGAUAAGAAACUUCCAGACUGCUCCCAACCCGAUUUCAUCAUGUCUGAUAAAGCCCAGCAAUAGGGCUUUCUAUCCAGUUAUGGCAUGUGACAGAAACAGGGCAGUGGAAAUGAUUCCACCCCAGUCUAGAGUGGUGAACCAGUAAGCUUGCUGGUGUAACUUACAGGGACAUGGGUGAGUACUCUAAAGUACCCGUCCUCCCUAGAGCAGAUGACGACUCACAAGAGCUGCAUCGCUGAAGUCCCAGCCUCCAGUCAGCCUUGUCCUAAGCCGAGCUGAAGUGUCUUUGGAAAUAUAAAUGUCUGUUGAAGUAGGAGCAUUUAUACGACUUUCCACUGGAAAGCCAAAGAAUGCACUCUGCAAUAAAGUCAGAAGUGGCAAAGAGAAAGGCAGGAAAGAAGCCAGGCGGUGGUGGCACACGCCUUCAAUCGCAGCACUCGGGAGAGGCAGGCAGAUCUCUGAGAGUUCGAGGCCAGCCUGGUCUAGAGAGAGAGAGUUUUGGACAGGCUCUAAAGCUAUAGAGAAAUCCUAAAACAAACAAAAAGGAAGGAAAGAAAAGUAACAUUUUAAUGUAUUUUUCUUAAAAUAUUGUGCUAGAUAAUGUUUUCAUUUUUUCUUUGGGUGCUCACAAAAACAAAAAACAAACAGACAAAAAACCAAGUGCUAGACAGGAUGCCUGUGUCUUUCAGGGAACUUGUCCCGAGUAGAUUGAAUGACUUUGAGCUCAUGCUCUGGCUAUUGCCUGCUCAUGCUGUAGAUCUGAUUCUGAAAUCCCAGGAAAACCUGUCCAGGAAGAGGUCUCUGCAGCAGAGGAAGCCUGAAUUUGCCCUUUCACCCACUAGUCUGCUUUUGGCUACAGUAACAAACUGAACCUUGUUUUUUCCCUCGAAGAGACAGAGAAGUGGAGCCAAGUGCCUUGCAGUUCAGUGUGCCUUUCUCUCUCUCUCUCUCUCUCUCUCUCUCUCUUUUUUUUUUUUUUUUUUUUUUUUUUGUGCUCAGAAUGGCACAGUCUUUUGAAGAACUUUAAAAAGGACAAGUUUUAGAGCAAGAUUCUUCCUUCAUGUGAAUAUCUGAAGAAGGUUGCUUGGGCUGCUGAAAGCUAUUUUGUAGUUUAGCCCUGUGAGUUUCUUAGAAUUGGAAAGGUAAGUUGGUAGCUUUAUUAUAGUCUUAAAAAUUUUUAAACAUACCAGGAGAAACGACUUUGGAUUCCCAUGAGCAUCCAUCCUGAAGCCAAACUUUAGAAUAGGUCAAAGAAAGAGAAUGGGUACCAUUUAGUAUGAGCAUCUUCAAUACAUGUGAUCAGUUCUUAGGAGCCGCUGGUCAUAGUGAUGCCUUGAGGUUUCUGAGAUUUUUUUAUUUGCUUUUUUCAAAAAAAAUUAUUAAAUGUGUGUGUGUGUGCAUGCAUGCACAUAGGCCACAGCACACGUGUGUACGUGUAUGUACAUAGACCACAGCACACAUGUGGAGGUCAGAGGACACAGCCCAUGGGGGAUGGUUCUGACCUAGUGCCUUUGCCCAGAGUCAUGUCUCCAGCCGGAGGUUUCUCUUUAAAGCUUCUUUCUAAGACCGAGGAUACAGCGUGUGCUUAGCAUGUUAGAGGCCCCAACCUCACUCUCCAGCAGCAACAGCAGCAGAUCCUCACUUACCAUGUAAACUCUGCCAUUGUCAGACAUCAUUAUUGGGGUUACAUUUCUCAGCUAAAACAAAAACUAACACUGAUGACCCCAUUUGUGUUUCAUAAAGGUUAUUACUUGUCUAUAAAAAAUUGUUCUGAACAAUUGAAAUGGAGCAUACAUUCAUAUAUAUAUAUAUAUAUAUAUAUAUAUGAAGUGGAAAGAAAACAGAUCUAGUAUGGUGGGUUGCUGGUGUGAGGGACUGGGAUGACUUUGACCUCCUACAUGUUUGGGUGCACACUGAGGUAUAUAGUACAAUUAAUAAAAAUCCAGAGACAGAUAUUAGGGUUAAACUUGAAGACCAGAAAAACAAAGCAGCCAGCCACUGGCUCUUACCUGUACCUCAGUCCAAAAAUGGUGAUCCUGCCUCCAGGAAUCCUCAGAAUGAGACUGACUGAGAGCUGUCUUGUCCUGUCUUAUAUUCCUCUCUAGUUUUGGGAUUAAAGGUGUGCACCACUACUGCCUGGUUACUAUUGCAAGGCAGUGUGGCUACUGGGAUUAGAGGCGUGUGUUACCACUGCCUGGUCUGUGAGGCUGACCAGGGCAGCUGUUUUACUCUCUGAUCUUCAGGCAAGAGUUAUUUAUUAAAAUUCAGAUGAAGUACCACUACACUGAGGGGUGUGGCCUGUGCUGCACCAGAUACAGAGGUGGGGACAGAGCGUGCUCGGCUCCUGCCCAACAGUGAUGACAUGUCUUGAC